AUUGUGAGGCAGGGCGGACUCUGUGAGUAAGUGGAGUGGAAUGUCUCUCCUGCUGACUUUCUGUAGCCUGUAAAAGCUUCUGCAGAGCAGGAAGACAGAAGGACAGAUGCAGGGACACUACCCAGUAUCAUCAUGUCGGCCAGCAGUGCACAGCAGACAGUGGAGAAGAAAGAAUCAGUGAAAGAUGUUAAACCUAUGAAACCUCCCAUUAAACCAAAGCCAUUUGUGCCACCAAAGCCAAAGCAAGCUUUUAUCUCUACAAACUCCGAUAUUAAAAGUCCCUCCCUGUCUUCAAACUCUGGAGGACCAUGUUCCCCAUCAUUCGACAUCCCCUCAGCAUUUAAGAUUAGCCAGCUUACCGGACCGCAACCAUAUGGGGCCAGGAGGACGUCCUUGAGAAGAUGGUCAUCCUCGGUAGGAGAAGAAGUGCCUCCGGAAGCGAAACAUUGUUAUCACCAGUGGAAAAUGCUGUGCCAGAAUUGUCCACCAAAGUCACAACCCAAUCUUAGCUCCUGUAAAACUUUUGCAAACUGGAUCAGUUUGGAAAGGGAAAAGUCCUUUUAGUUAACAACACGAGCUGGGGGGAGCAGAGAUCUCAAGUAAAAGAUUUUCAUGAGAGCGAGUCAUUUUCCCUGAAACACAGCUUUAGCUCAGCCUCUAAAGAUGCAGAUUUAAAAGAAAAGGAAACAGUUCUGGAAGGGAAUAUGGUGAUAAACUCAGGCAGCCAUUCCAGAUCCAAGUCUGAAGUGGAUCAUGAAGGAGUUAAUACAAAUGUCAUAGACCUAAAACAAAGCUUGUCAAGAGCCUCAGAAGAGGUGGAGAAAACAGUAUUUGGAGCUACGUCUUCUGGGAAAUUUCAAAAAUUGGAGAUACCAGCUAAAGAUGAUGAAGUGAAAGAAUCCUCUUCUCAAUUAUCUGGUUCUCCACAAACUGACCUUUGUUUUGGAACUACUAAGCAGUCUACUCAGUAUGAAGAUAAUAAGCAAGACUCCAAAACAGAGAGCUUUAGUUAUAAAAGUGAUCAAAAGACUACAGAGAACAUUGAUGUAGCUUCUAUACAAGUGAACAAUGCAUCUUUAAGGACUAAAGAUUAUGGAGAGCCUCAGCUGAUUUCACUUGUGCCCACAACAAUGCCAAAAGCAGACAUUCUUUUCACAGAGAAUACAAAAAAUUCACAAAUAAUAGAGAAGAGUCCUUUAUCUGACACAUCCAGCUCAACAGUAUAUAGGUACCACAAAGACAUAAUCAAGGAUAUACCAGAAUUAAGAACAGUAAUGAUAGAGGAGCAGGAAGCUGACUCUGGAUAUCUGGAGGCCCCACUGACUGAAAUCAUGGAUACGAACCAAAACACAGAGCAAAGCAGUCCGGGUAAGCUUGAACAGGUUGAAAAGCAUGAUAUUUCUUCAGUGACCCAAAUAAUUGACAAACCAGUGACAGAGACUAAAAUGUAUACAAAUAUUCCCCAUGAAGAUAAGGAAAGCACUGUUUCCAUGGAACACAGCAUACUAAGUACAGCCGAGCACUAUAAUUUGCAUGAAGGAAAACUCCAGGUGGCCAGUGACAACAAUAACACACCAUAUUCUGAUCAAGGAGACAAGAAGAUUGUUGCUCGAACAGACAUGCAAUCCCCUAUUUGUACAGUGAGGCCAAAUGAUUUUUUUUCAGAUAAGUCGGAAAAGACCAGCACACAUAUACAUGAAUGUAACAUAGAGAAAGAACAGGAUCAGCUCAAAAACAGAAUACAUGAAUAUGAUGAUACAACGCAGACUGGAGAAUAUGUACCCCAUCAAACAUCAGAUGGUUUUGAGAAACAAACAGAAUAUCCUUCAGAAUACAGGCUUUCAAAAGUGCAUCCUGCAGCGAUCACCGCAGGUAAUUAUCAUAGAUCGAAUUUUGGGAACAAUGCCAGAUCCACCCAUGAAUCUGAGACACCCUCUGCACCAGAGCUGCCUAGACAUGCAGACAAUGAGGCAUCAACAAACCUGUAUGUGGGAUCACAAAUACUAGAAAAUUACAGUCUGGUUCCAGGGGAAGUUUAUUCUCAUCCAGUUGAUGAAUCAGAUAAGUCAUUACACAGCUAUAUGGAAAGGGAAACUCAGUCAAGCAAGCCACAUGAAGAGCUGAGUCAGUCGGAAAACUAUGAAUCUAGUAGGCCAGAAUCUAACUAUGAUGAGUCACAGUACAGAUAUUCUGAAGCUACAUCUCAGGAUCCAGCUGAUAGAGUCACAAAGCCAGAAAACUUACAAUCAGACAGGCUUGUGUAUACCACUGCUCAGUCACCAGUACUAAAGGAAUGUGAGGUUCACUUAGAUAAGAUAGAGCACAGAUAUGAUGAGUCAAAUAAGCUACAGUACAUCCACAGUCAAUCACAGGAGCAGGAGUGCAAUCAUUGUCACAAGGUGGAACUAGAUGACAAGCAAUCAGAAGUGCCUGUCCAUACAUAUGAACAGUCUGAAGUGCCAGAAUAUAUAUAUCAACAUUUGGAAAAGUCAGUCUACAAGUUUGAAAUGCCAGACAAGCCAAGUGUCAUGUAUGAACAGUUGGAGGAGCCAGUUGAAUUCUCUAAGGAACCAGUAUAUACAUAUGAUAAACAGUCACAAGAGCGAGUUAGCACAUAUAAACAGUCACAAGGGUCAGGUCUCAAAUCUGAAGAGACAGAAGAAUUAGGUUACAGACCUCAAAAAGUAGAACAUUCAAUCCAUAAACAUGAUUUAUUAGAAGAACCAUCUCAUAAAUGUGAAAAGUCAGAAGAGACAGUUCACAGGGAUGACCUAUCACAAGACUUUGUUCAUAAACAUAAACAGUCAGACAACCCAGCUGGCAGAUAUGAGCAAACAGAAGAAUUAGCUCUUCAACAACCUAAGACAGUAGUCCACAAUAAUCAUCAAUCUGGGGAGCCAGAAGAGGCAGAAGAAGCAGUCCAGAAAUAUGGGCACUUAAAGGAUCCACUUAAUAAUAAAUACGAGCCUUCAGAAGAGUCAGAACAUAAAUAUGAACAAUUAGAAGAUACAGUUCAUAAAUAUGAACAGUUAGAUGAAUCAACUGACAGGUAUGAGCAGACAGAGCAGCCUGUUCAGGGAUAUCAAAAGUCAGAGGAAUCAACUCACAAAUAUGAAAUGUCUGAGGAGCCAGUUAAUAGAUAUACACAGUCAGAGGAGAUAGUUCACAGUCAUGAUCAAUCACUAGAGUCAGAUUACAGAUAUAAACAGCAUGAUGAACCAGCCCAUAGUUAUGAACUUGCAAACCAGUAUGAAGGCAUUGAGGACCCAGCAUACAUUCAAACAGGGUCAGAUGCUACAAAUUCAGAGCGUUCACAAUCUGGGCUGAUUGAUUUGGAAUCCCACCAACAACAGUACAAGCCUGUUCAAUUAGAGGAAAUGCAAAAUACAACAAAUAUUCCAACACUAACAUCUGAAGUACUUGUUAAGUCUUCUGAAAAAGAUUUAAGACCUAGUGAAUACUUAGAGCAGCAGCUGAGAGAAAGUUACAUGGAAGAACCAAAAUAUAGUGAUACUUCAACUGAUGAAAUGCAUGCUAGUGAAAAAACAGGGGAGCAAUUCCAUAAAUACCCACUGUCAGAAGAACAGAAACGGCUAGGUAUACAUAAAGAAGAGACACAGCAAUGGCAUGCUAAAUCAGAAGAGGCUCAGCAUGUAGAUGGCUUAUCAGAAAGGUCUCGACAAAAGUUACCAACUAUUACAACCGUCGAAUCAGAUGGAUCCAUGCCAGAAAAGACACAAGAUCAAGAUGGUCAAAUUACUUACCAAAUCCUGAAUGGACAUGCCGAACAUGGUGAAUUACAGACAGUCAACUAUGCGUCAGAAGCAGUGAAAGAGAUAAAUGCUGAAGAACCAGAAGAGACACAGGCAGAAGAACCCCCUGCAGAAAAUUUUGACUUUCUUGAGGGUACUAUUGUUCUAGAUACAUCUUUCAUGAGAGGCAAAGCCUCUCUGGGCAAAAAAAGAGGCCACAGGACCCCUGCUGGAACCUGUGCUUCUGAAGAGGAUCCUGAAUACUGGAUGUUUAGAGACUCUACAGAGCCAAAGAGCUUCCAGAAAGAAACUCAGAUGAAGAGAUAAAGCUGAGAAAUCUCCUGGUGGAACUCCUGAUGAAACUCCAGAAAAUUCCCCAUCGCCAGUUAAAUCUCCCAACAAGAAAGGAAUUUUUGGUGGAAUCAUCUCACCGUCGCUUCUGAAGGGUCGGUUAAAAACUCGCAUCAAAACUACUGAGGAUGAAACGGUUAGACGAGAGGCAGAAGAGUCAAAAUCACCUGGAAAAGAAAAAAACAGAGUCUUCAAGUCAUUCUAUGAACUGGUUACAUGCAUUAAAGAAAAAGAGAAAAACAACCAAAGAAUCAACCAAAGAAGAAAAGAAAAAACAACCAAAGUGAAUACUACUUAAAAUCAAUGGAUUUUGAUCCCUUUUGAAUAAUAUACAGUAUAUUCAAAACAGAAAGAUCAUACAUGUUGUAACACAUAAUAUUCUAACUAUUAGAGCUGCACAAUUCUGGAUAAAAUGAGAAUCACAAUUUUUUUGCUUAGAAUAAACUCUGCGUAACAUCA